AGCUUGUUCUAUUGACGACCUUUUCCUUUAUUUCAAACCUGUACCAUUUUAAAUAUACAAUGGCUGAAUGCUUUGAUGAAUUCGAUGAUGCUACUCCAUUGAGAAACACGUUCUGUACGAGACUGAGCCUGCAGGAGUAUGAGGACCAGACUGCCAAUACCACAGAGGAGGCCAUUGCACAAUUGAUGGCUCAUCUUGACUGCAAUCCACAAGAAUAUCGAAAGGUCCUUCAAGCCAAGAAAAGGGAUGAAGCAAAUAUAUUCUCAUAUAUCAAGGUGAAGUUGUUCUCUUUCUUCUCUCUAACGGACGAGCUGGACAACAUUACGGAUGAAGAGUGCUCUGAGAAGCUAGAGAAAAUGAAAGAGAACAUGAUAAAGUCGUACAACUAUUCUCAAGAGUCAAGGGGACGUCGUUUCUCCAAACGUUUGAUUGACAGACGUGUGCAGAAGGAAGUGGAGAAAGUGGCCACACCCAUUAGGGGAAAUGUGCCCCUCCCCCCUCCACUCCCCCCCUCAUUCAAGACUGGAGCGCGUAAGCUACGCUCCAACUGUGCCACGCCCAUCGUACAUGCCACACUCACGAGACGGCCUCUCUCCACCAAACCUGUCAUAAGGAAUAAGCCGUGUGCCAGUGGUGACAUCAUCUCACAGUUGAAAGGUUCCCAAUGCAAACGAAAGCUGAAAACAGUUGGUGCAAAGUCACCAGGGGGGACCCCAGUGGAGUGUGGCCCUAAACGACGUCAAGACUCUGAAAUGUUGCCUUAUUUCAAUGCCAAACUUCUCAACAAAUUCAAGAAUGUUCACUCUCCCAGUUUCACGAUGGCCAGCCCUGGGUCCUUUGAGAGCCCCACACAGCACACACCCACACAGCACACUCCCAGCACACUGCCCCCCUCUUUCAAAGAAAGGGACGUCGAUACGUCUCUCACGAUUGUGUCGAGCGGAAAGGAAAACCUGAACCCAGUGUAACUCAACGCAUUGCAACGCUCUGUGGUUAUUGACUGUGAUAUUGAACCCUGUACUCUAUACUAACAUUUUAACAUUUUUGCAUUGUAGGUAGUCAACUUUAAACACGUCACCUUGUAUAGUAAUUGGAUGUUGUGGAUUUUUGUGGAAUGAGAAGUUUCCCCUAACA